GUGUAUGUCUCACUCUAGCAAACUGCGGGAGAAUGACCUGGAUCCCCAGCUUAGAAACGACUCUUACCAAAACACAGCCAGACUGAAGCCAAAAAAACACCAAAGUCUUCGUUUUUUUUACUGUGUUGGACUUGCAUAUUUCAAGAAGGAAAUAACUGCGCUUUCUUGUACGAAGCUGUUCUGCAGCUAACGCUAACGUUACUUUGGAAACUAGAGGACAGUUAACGUUACAUUAGCUUACUCGAGAGCUAGCUAACGUUCGUACCCCCUACUGUGCAGUUGGCUAACGUUAGCUAUCGCUAUCAACCAACUAGCUAGCCGUCUAGUUGGUGCAAGCUAACAGCGCUAACUAGCGAAAGGUAAACAACUGCAUAGCACAGUUGGGUAGUUACCAGCAUUUCGUUAGUGUUAUUAGGGAGGACAUUCAUAACUAGAUAGCAAGCUUCCCGCUGAAGAACAAAAAACAUUAUAAGCAGUCGUCGCGGCGGGCAGCAUUGGAGGCCAGCGAGCGCCGUCGACCGCGUGCACGGAGGCGCUCCGGCUGCGGAGGAGGGUCCGAACCCCUUUCCUUUCCUGAGAGCACGGGCCGGCCUCCGGGGAGCGCGGCGGCAUGGCCUCGGUGGUGGUCGUCGACGGCGGGGGAUCGGUGGCGGAGUACGCCGGCGCCUCGGAGGACCCGCAGCAGGAUGAGGGGCAGGUGGAGGAGGAGUACCCAGCGGUAAUCGUGGAGACCAUGCCUACCACAGAGGUAGAGCAGUGCUACGCCGCCCAGGUGCUGGUCUACGAUGACGAGACCUACCUGAUGCAGGGCGUUGCCGAGGAACAGGAAGUGGAGACUGAGGUCAUCGAGACGGUCAAUGUGAAUCUGCAGCUCUGGGAGAACAUGGCGACUUCACUGCAUGAGGGACCCGCUAACCAGCUAGAUCUGCUCAUCAGAGCCGUGGAAGCGUCGGUCCACGGCGGCGGCGGCGUCCACUGCUCGGACAAGACCAUCGAGGCGGCGGAGGCCCUCCUCCACAUGGACUCCCCCACCAGCCUGAGAGGGGACCGCAGCCCCGAGGCGGAGCUGGCGGUGCCCCGCUGCGCCACGCCGGAGUUCAUCCACGCCGCCAUGCGGCCGGACGUGAUCACGGAGACGGUGGUGGAGGUGUCCACGGAGGAGAGCGAGCCCAUGGAGGUGUGCGCCGUCCUGGAGGCCCCGGAGAGCGAGCCGGCCCGGAGGAAGAAAGCCGGACGAAAGCCAAAGAUGCACCAGUCAGCGGUUUCGAACGGCUCGCCCGAUCUGGGUAUGAAGAAGAAGCCGAGGGAGGGCAAGGGUAACACCACCUACCUGUGGGAGUUUUUGCUGGACCUCCUUCAGGACAAGAACACCUGCCCCAGGUACAUCAAGUGGACGCAAAGGGAGAAGGGCAUCUUCAAACUGGUGGACUCCAAAGCCGUCUCUAAGCUGUGGGGCAAGCACAAGAACAAGCCGGACAUGAACUAUGAGACCAUGGGGAGGGCCCUACGGUACUAUUACCAGAGAGGGAUCCUGGCCAAGGUGGAGGGCCAGCGGCUGGUGUACCAGUUCAAAGACAUGCCCAAGAACAUCGUGGUGAUCGACGAGGAGAAGGCGGAGCCCGGCGGCGGCCGCGAGGGCCCCCCGGGGGCGGAGCGGUCUCACGAGCGCGUGCCCCCCGCCUCCGAGGCGCUCCUGGGCGCGCCCGAGCUGGCCGCCGCCCCCGGCGUCCCGCGCGGGGCCGUCCGGACCCUGGCCUCGCCCGCCAAGGGGAGGAGCGGCCAGCCCACCACCCGGAUAGUGACCGUCACGCCGGUCUCCGACGCCGGCCAAUCGCUGCAGGCGUCCCACACCGCCGUCAUUCCCACCGCCUCGGGGCCCAGGACAGUACGCGUGGCCAUGCAGGUUCCCGUGGUGAUGACGACGUCGCUGGGCCAGAAGAUCUCCACGAUGGCGGUGCACUCGUCCGGCUCGCCCCUCCCCGGCGGGGGGGCGGCGGGGGCCCCCAAGGUGGUCUUCCAGACCAUCCCCACGGUGGUGCCGGCCACGGCGGAGAACGGCGACAAGAUCACCGUCCAGCUGGCCAAGAUCAUCACCAUCCCCGCCAGCCAGCUGGCUCAGUGCCAGCUGCAGGCCAAGCCCGGGCACGGCGCCACCGCGUCCGGCAUCAACCUGGUGGGGGCGCCGCUGGCCGUCCGGGCCCUGACGCCCGUGUCGGUGGCGGCGGGGACGCACGUGGUGAGGCUGGCGGUGCCCGCCCAGCAGCCGUCGGCCCGGCCCCAGGCCCGCGUCGGCACCACCGCCGCCGCCGCCGUCGUCAGGCUGCCCGAAGCCAAGCAGGACGUCGGCGCGGCGGCUGCGGCCGAGGCUCCGCCCCGGCAGGACUGUACGGCGGCCGAGGCCCCCGGAACAGAGGCCGACGCCGUCCCCGUCACACAAGCAGAGUCCCCGGAAUGCUGAGAGAGGGGCAACUAGAACAGUGCCGAGAACUGCUUCGUUUCUUUUGUGCGUUUUUUAAAAGGCUUUUUUAUCCAGACAGAGACUUCAACGCUACUGUAAAGGGAACGCAGGUAGCAGAAAAUUCAGUUCAACCGCAGUCAGAGCGAUUUUAAAAGUUCUAGAAACUUGUUUAUUUUUGACAUCUCUCCCGUGUUUUUAUGCAGGGCCAUUUUUUACAAGCCCAUCCCUCCCCCGUUAGGAGUUGACAACGUCCGUGUGAAGACAGGAAUCUGACUAAGCGGACGCGACAAAGGGACCAACGGAAAGCACUACUUUUUAUCCUGACACUACAAAAAUUCAGAACACUAACUCAAAUGCGGUCUCAAGAUUGGUGGGGUUUGGCAGAGGGCGGGGCUUCGGGGGGGGGGGGGGGACUGUUUUGAACACUUUGUCAAAAUGGGAAUCUGGGAUUUGAAAUGCAAACCAGCAAAUUGUUUGACUAUCACUGUGUGCUCCACUGCACCCAUCUUACCGGUGCUAAGCGAUAGCUUCGCCUGUCUGUGAAAAGUUUCUCACAGCCCGAGAAAGGGAGUUUUUUUUUUUAAAGGGAUUUUUGUAUAUAUGCUAUACAGUUUAAGAAAUUUCAAACAAAGCAGCCUUAGAUUUUUUUUUUUUUUAAUGAAAAAAUUAAGCUAACUCGCUUUUUGUGUAAAGCUCAGUUUUGAUAUGUUGUACCAAGCACAGUAUUAUAGAUAUAAAGCAACACUUUCCUUUUCUUUUUUUUGUAUUAUUGUACAGAGUUCUUCAGGAUCUCAGUUCCAGCAGACCAUUGCUGUCAGUUGCCCGUUUUCCCCCACCUGUCCAGGUCUGUACGGGGCAUUUCUGUUCCCUGAAAUGUCUUGGCGGUCUCGAACGAAAGGUCACGUUUCGCCCGCGUUGAGUUCCUGCAGCUAGUUCUACGCUAUAUUUUUUUUUCUUUUCCUUUCGCAAUUUCACUUCUUAAAAAAACGGGCGAGAGAUGUUCGUGUUCAGACUGAACUAGUUUAUAUAUUCAACAUUUGAAAUAUAUUCUAUUCUGUUGUACUCUUGUUUCAAAGUGUAUUCAAGUAGAUUUUACUGAAAUAUAAAAAAAAAAAAAAGAAGAAACCAUUUUUGUCUUUGAAUGUUUCUUUUCCCCUUGGCAUCCUGGUCGAGAACCAAAUGUGUGUUCUCUGUUGAAAUCAAUACUGUAUUCCUCAAUUCAGGUAAUUGAGGUAGGCUAUAUGGUGGAACAUAGUAUAGAGGGCCUGCAGGUACUUCUUUUCACCUUGGAAAGACCGCCUUUGGUCUUUGAAUUGUGCGCCAAAUGAAAAUGUGCAGAUGGGAGAAUUGUUUGAAAUUCAAAGUAUGAAUGGCUUUAGACUGCUCCGCCUUCCAAUAUUCCUGGAUAAAGAUCUGCAAGUUUUGGCUUGUGUGGUUCUGUUAAUGAGAUGUCCAUUAUCAGUUAAAUGACGUGCGGGGGGCGGGGUUUAUUGCUUACUUUUAAUUGGCAGGAUUAGUGCACAACGGCAGUAGUGUUUCUUUGCAUUUUCUUUCGUACUAAGAUAAUACGGUGAAACCGACUAAAGGUUUUGUUAGACGUGCCCUUGGAAGAGCAAGGUAAGAACAAACUGGUGUUAAUUGAAGAAGAUGGAAAAACUUUGAAGAUAAAUAUUUUAUCUUCAACAUGCAAAUCAUUAACUUGGCAAAGGCGGAGACGUGCUCGUGUGUUCUGACGAGGUCUGAUGCUGAUUGGAUGAAAAUUCAGCCUCAAAAUUCUGUACUUGGUUGGUAAAGAAUCAAACUCAAAGCUUUUCCCAUUGAUGGUUUUAAUUUCAGGAAACAGACAACACACCUUAUUCUAAUAUUAAAAAUAAGCAGUGGGUCCAAAGAUGGGUGGUAUCACUAGUUCAUUGGGUGGUAAAUAUUGCAUCGUUUAUCCAAACAUAAACAAAAAUGCAUGUGCGCAAUAAAUAGAAAAAUGUGCGAACCUGCUAGUCAGUCGUUGAAACAGGUUACAAAUGUUUGAACCACCAAAUAAUUGAAGAAAAUAUACUAGACUGAAAAGAAAGCACAGAAACAAAAAAAAUAA